AUAACGAGCCCGCGCCAUGCAGUCCUUUCGAGAAAGGUGUGGUUUCCAUGGCAACCAGCAGAGCUACCAGCCGACUUCACAAGAUACAUCACGCCUGGAGAAUUACAGGCAUCAAAGUCAGGCAGGGCCGAACUGCGAGCGGCAGAGGCUGGUGGCAAAGGAGUACUACAGUCAGCAGCAGCUGCCGUACGCGGGCUACGAGAACAGCGCCGUGGAGAAAUACCACCGGGGAAACAAGCAAUUAGCAGGGCAGCAGCUGCAGGGCAGGCCGGCCUUUUCCAAUUACACCGUGCAGGAGAACAGCCCUUAUCCGGCCCGGUAUUCCGGGGAUGAGAGCCUGCAGGCGUGGGGUGGCCAGCCACAGGCGCUGCCCGGUGGCGUGGCCAAGUAUGAGGACAGCCUGAUGAAGAAGACGGCGGCGUUGGCAGCUGUCCGGACACCCGAGCAGUACUACCAGACCUUCAGCCCCAGCGCCAGCCACUCUCCAGCUCGCUCGGUCGGCAGAUCCCCAUCCUACAGCUCCACUCCCUCCCCACUGAUGCCCAACCUGGAGAACUUCCAAUACAGCCAGCAGCCGCUGAGCACCGGCGCCUUCCAGGCCGGCAUUGCCGACCACAGCCAUUUCAUGCCGCUGCUGAACCCUUCUCCCACCGAUGGGACGAGCCCUGACGCUCAAUCCGGGAACUGUAAAAACUUGCAGAAGGAGAAGCUACCAGAAAACCUGCUGUCGGACCUGAGCCUGCAGAGCCUCACGGCUCUCACCUCCCAGGUGGAGAACAUCUCCAACACUGUCCAGCAGCUGCUACUCUCCAAAGCAGCCGUGCCCCAGAAAAAGGGCAUCAAGACCCCAGCAAGGACCCCUGAGCAGCUCAAGGGGCAGCACUGCAGCCCCGAGAGCAGCACCUACUCAGCAGAGCAGGUGGGGACUCCCCUGUCUGACCCACUGAGCACCCCCCAGUCAGUCCAUGCCGAGACACAGGACGCUGACUAUCUCAGUGGGUCAGAGGAUCAGCUGGAGAGGAGUUUCCUGUACUGCAACCAGAACCGCAGCCCUGCCCGUGUCAACAGCAACUCCAAGGCAAAGCCCGAGUCAGUGUCCACCUGCUCCGUGACCUCCCCGGAUGACAUGUCCACCAAAUCGGAUGACUCUUUCCAGAGCAUCCACGCCACCCUGCCCCUGGAGACCUUCACCAAGUAUGUGACCAACGAACGGGACUGUCCCCGGCUGCUCCUCAGUGCCCUGUCCCAGGAGGAGCUGGCUUCUGAGAUCAUCGUCCUGCAGGAUGCCAUCAGCGAGAAGGCGGACAAAGCCUGGGCCAACUUGCCCAUGCUGAGCAAGGAGGCCAGCAAGUCCCCCUUCCAGCUGGAGAACCACCGGCCCAGCCUGGACUCCAUGGUGAAGGGCACCUGGCCCAGUCAGGGUGACUCCAGCACACUCACCGAGCCCCUCAAGCUGGACAAAGCUUCAGGGGCCAGCGCAGAGAAGGACUUUGGCGAGGAGGUGUAUGAGGGUCCCCAGGUGGAGUUCACGGCCACCGAAACCAAGGAUGUGCUGAAGGACACUGCCCCACUGGCCUUCAACUCCAAGCCCAGCAUCCCGGCAGCCACAUCGAGUGCAGGAGCCACUGACUACAGCUGCUACUCAAACACCACCGCCAACUCGGUGGGGUCUGAGAAUGCCAUGGAGCACUUUGACUGGCCGGAGGAGAGCCUGGGAGAGGCAUGUCUGCGGUGGAAGGAGCUUCAGGCCACUGACCUCCCCAAGGGCUUGUUCCCCAGCAAAUUGGUGAGCUCCUGCAAGGAGAAAAAAAACGCCUGUGGCUUGGAUCUGUGUGAUGGAGAGCAGCCAGCCAAGAGUGAGCCAGCCCAGGACUUUGGGGAGCAGGCGAUGGAGGAGGAGGAGGAGGCACUGACCUAUGAUGAAGCAACAAAGGCAGACAGCGAGAGGUGGCUUCAGGACACCCGGCACUGCUGCUCAGCCGGGGACUUCAGCGAGAUCCCCAUCAUCUCCUCACCGGAUCUGAAGGAGUCAGACCUGGAGGCAGAGGAGUACUCCUCGCUCUGUGAGCUGGCUGGCUCGGAGCAGAAGUCGGUGACAUAUGACGCCUCGCCGCCCAAGCCCCCGGAGAUGCCAGCCGUGCUGUCCUCCAGCGAGGUGCCCGUGUCCGCCGAGGAGACCGUCAGCACGGUGGAGAAGGAGGGCUCAGCUCCCACCCCGCGCCUCUCCGGCCAGUCUGUUAUCCUGCUGGGCCCUGCGGUGGGCACGGAGACCAAGGUGAAGAGUUGGUUCAAGUCCUCCCUUCCCAACAUCCAGUCCGAGGAGGAGAGCGGCGGAGGGGAAACAUCCCAUCUGGAGGCUGCUGAUGCCGAAUCUGCCUCAUCGGUCACGGUGAAGCAGCAACUCACACCCGAAAACGUGCUCGGGAAGAUGGAGCCUGUCUCACGGGGCAAGAGCCUCCGCAACAAGAGGGUGCACUGCCGGCUGCCGGAGGGGGACAACCCCGGCAGCACCGUGUUGACCCCAUUCGAUGAGCUGCCAGCAGCCGGCGGCGUGGCCAGUGCCUGCCUGGGGCCAGAUGGACAGACGGAGGUACCGAGCAAGAGCGCCCAGAGCCAAACGCCCCGGUUUCCAGCUGAGGGUCUCCCGGCGCGCAUGUGCACCCGCUCCUUCACCGCCCUCGCCGAGCCCCGCGCCCCGGCCCCGCUGGAGGGGCUGAAGGCUCCCACACACCAGGAGAAGCUGGGGAAGAAGCCUGGCUGCGGCGUGAAGCAGCGGGUUGCUUUCAAAGCCAGAAAACGCAGCAGCCGGCCGGCCCCCAGGGUGGUCCAGAACAGCAGCGAUACGGCCAAGUGA